AUGCGUAACUUUUGGUUUAGGGUAAAGGAGGAGUGGAGGAGUUUGGGAGAGGAAAAUAUUCUGGACAAGCUAAAGGCUCUGACAGUUUCACUGACUAGGUGGCAUAGAGAAAAAUUUGGGGACAUAGACCGAAGGAUUACGCAGUUUGAGGAUGAAAUCAAAAAAGCAGAUGACAUAGUAAGUACUGGAGUUGCUGAUGGGACUAUUGAAGUAAGGAGGAAGGCGCUAGUGAGCUUCUGUAGGAAAUGGUAUAUCAGAAAGGAGUUGCAUUGGAAGCAGAUGUCAAGGUCUCGUCAUGCAAAAGAGAUGGACAAAAAUACCCGUUACUUUCACAAUUUAGCCUCCGCGCGUCGAAGAUCCAAUCGGAUUGAUGCCUUAAGGGUCAAUGGGAGGAUGGUCAGGAACCAAGCAAGAAUUAAGGUUGCUAUUCGGGACUUCUACAAGGAGCUGUACCACCAGGAAACUUCUCCAGUAAUUGGAUUCCAGGAAGGGCUUGUUCGGCAAAUCAAUGAGGCAGAGGCAACAGAGCUAGAGGUGAUGCCAACGCCUGAUGAAGUAAAGGCGGCUGUUUGGGAUUGUGAGUCAACAAAGGCACCAGGUAGUGCGUGA